GCUGUCUGCUGCUACUGGCCGAGUUUGCGCUGGAGGAGGGAGUCCCUAUCCCACUAACGUUACCGUCAGACGCCAAGUCUAGCAGUACCGUCUUCAGCGCAGUCUGCUGCUACUGGCCGAGUUUGCACUGGAGGAGGGAGUCCCUAUCCCACUAACGUUACCGUCAGACGCCAAGUCUAGCAGUACCGUCUUCAGCGCAGUCUGCUGCUACUGGCCGAGUUUGCACUGGAGGAGGGAGUCCCUAUCCCACUAACGUUACCGUCAGACGCCAAGUCUAGCAGUACCGUCUUCAGCGCAGUCUGCUUCAGCACCUUGCCUGCCUGGCUGCCUGCAAUGCCCUUGGAUACUGCCGUCCCUCUCAUCGCUACACAAUUUACAUUAUUCUGAACGAGAGUAUAAUAGCUGGAAAAGUCUUCAGGACAGGGCGAAGGAUACUGGAUUUAUAUUACCGUGUGACGGCGUUCAGUGUCUUUAUUUAUGUGAGCCUGUAUGGGGCGAAUGGAGAGGAGGGUGCAUCGAUAAUUGAGAGAGCAGAGCAGGACUUGCUGCCUGCUGCAGAAAACCUGACGGCUCGGUGGAUUUGGAUUUGUUGUUGGGACCAGCAGUCGGGCGCGGGUUUGCGCGUCAUAUCAAAGGAUUUCUCCAGACGGAGCGCUUCUACUUUUUUAAACCUGAGUUCUAAAAAAACAUAUUGCAUGGAGACAACAUCAUGGCUACGUUUGUAUGCAGGGUACAGUUCUUAGAUGAUACUGAUCCAUUCAACAGCACCAAUUUUCCUGAGCCGACCAGACCGCCUCAGUACACUUUCAGGGAAGAUAUCCCCCUUAUCAAUCAGAUUGCUGGAGUCCACAGGCUUCUCAAAGCCCCACACAAGCUUGAUGACUGUGCCCUCCAGCUCUCCCAAAAUGGGAGCUACCUGGACUUGGAGUCUACCCUGGCAGAACAGAGAGAUGAACUCGAGGGCUUUCAGGAGGGAGGAAGAGGCAAGAAGCACAGCAUCAUCCUCCGGACACAGUUAUCUGUCAGAGUUCACGCUUGUAUCGAGAAACUCUACAACUCAAAUGGACGAGAGCUGAGGAGAGCCCUGUUUUCCCUCAAACAGAUCUUUCAGGAUGACAAGGACCUGGUCCAUGAGUUUGUGGUGUCUGAAGGACUGACAUGUCUAAUCAAGGUCGGAGCUGAAGCAGACCAGAACUACCAGAAUUACAUCCUCAGGGCUCUGGGACAGAUCAUGCUGUAUGUGGAUGGAAUGAACGGCCUCAUAAGUCACAACGAAACCGUCCAAUGGCUUUACACACUCGUUGGAUCCAAGUUCCGUCUGGUCGUGAAGACAGCUCUGAAACUGUUACUGGUGUUUGUGGAGUACACUGAACCCAACACUGCCCUGCUCAUCCAUGCUGUCAACACCGUGGACACCAAGAGAGGCUGUAAGCUGUGGUCCAAUGCCAUGGAGAUUCUGGAGGAGAAGGAUGGGGUGGACACAGAGCUGCUGGUGUAUGCCAUGACCCUCAUCAACAAGACUCUAGCGGGCCUGCCUGACCAGGACUCAUUCUAUGACGUGGUGGACUGUUUGGAGGAGCAGGGCAUGGAGGCCAUGUCUCAGAGACACCGUAGCAGGAAGGGAACAGACCUGGACCUCAUGGAGCAGUUUAACAUCUACGAGACUACUCUGCGCCAUGAGGACGGGGACGACGAGAGCCAGCCAACUACCGUGGGUCGGAAGAACCGGCGGCGUGCCAGCGUGGGGGGCACCAACGACCGGCGAGGCCUGGAGAGGAGACGCAGCCGGAGACACUCCCUCCAGAAUGGGAGAGGAAUCACCUCAGCCCCUACUUCCCCCAGCAGCCCUCACUCUCACGGAGGACACAACGGUAGCUUCCUGCCCUUCGGAGGCCAGGGCAUCGACGACGUCAGCGAAAGAGAGGAGGAAGAGGAGGAGGAGGAAGAGGAGGAGGAGGAUGAGGAAGAUGAUGAGAGUCAUGAUAUCACAGAGACCACUAGAAAGGUCUUCCACAGCAGCCAAACAGCUGUAUUGUAUACAUCUAGAGCACCCGUUAGUGCUGGAAGCCGACACAUAGGCCACGUCAUGGCGCUCCCUGGCAGGUCCCAGGGUGUAGCCAGCGCCAGCGCCCCCACCACCCCUGUACACCGCUCCCAGGGUGUUGCCAGCGCCCCCACCACCCCUGUACACCGCACCUUUGCCACCUCAGGGGCACCACAGCUGGACUCCAAGUCUGACAGACCUUCUCUGGGGAGCUUGUUGUCCUCCUCCUACAGACAACACCAGGAGUCUCUGACUGCAGAGAGAGAGAGGAGGAGACAAGAGAGGGAGGAACGACUGCAGAAAAUCGAGAGGGAGGAGAGGACCCGCUUCAAUCGGGAUUACAUGGACAAGAGGGAAGAGACAAGACAGGCCAGAGAAGAGAGUGGGGUUCAGUUACCUGCCUCUGUAAAUCUCCACACUGUGUCCUCUCCAGUAGUGGGGGGAGGCUGUAAGCUGUGGUCCAAUGCCAUGGAGAUUCUGGAGGAGAAGGAUGGGGUGGACACAGAGCUGCUGGUGUAUGCCAUGACCCUCAUCAACAAGACUCUAGCGGGCCUGCCUGACCAGGACUCAUUCUAUGACGUGGUGGACUGUUUGGAGGAGCAGGGCAUGGAGGCCAUGUCUCAGAGACACCGUAGCAGGAAGGGAACAGACCUGGACCUCAUGGAGCAGUUUAACAUCUACGAGACUACUCUGCGCCAUGAGGACGGGGACGACGAGAGCCAGCCAACUACCGUGGGUCGGAAGAACCGGCGGCGUGCCAGCGUGGGGGGCACCAACGACCGCCCUACUUCCCCCAGCAGCCCUCACUCUCACGGAGGACACAACGGUAGCUUCCUGCCCUUCGGAGGCCAGGGCAUCGACGACGUCAGCGAAAGAGAGGAGGAAGAGGAGGAGGAGGAAGAGGAGGAGGAGGAUGAGGAAGAUGAUGAGAGUCAUGAUAUCACAGAGACCACUAGAAAGGUCUUCCACAGCAGCCAAACAGCUGUAUUGUAUACAUCUAGAGCACCCGUUAGUGCUGGAAGCCGACACAUAGGCCACGUCAUGGCGCUCCCUGGCAGGUCCCAGGGUGUAGCCAGCGCCAGCGCCCCCACCACCCCUGUACACCGCUCCCAGGGUGUUGCCAGCGCCCCCACCACCCCUGUACACCGCACCUUUGCCACCUCAGGGGCACCACAGCUGGACUCCAAGUCUGACAGACCUUCUCUGGGGAGCUUGUUGUCCUCCUCCUACAGACAACACCAGGAGUCUCUGACUGCAGAGAGAGAGAGGAGGAGACAAGAGAGGGAGGAACGACUGCAGAAAAUCGAGAGGGAGGAGAGGACCCGCUUCAAUCGGGAUUACAUGGACAAGAGGGAAGAGACAAGACAGGCCAGAGAAGAGAGAUAUAAGUGCAUUGAGAGGCUCGCAGCAGAGGAGUAUGAGAAAGAGAGAGAGCGCGCGAGAGCGCCACCUAGGGGGCGCACAGAGAUCACCCUGAGCCUGAGCCCCACCCCCUCCAGUCGCUCCGCCUCCCCCCGCUGUGCCACGCCCUCCUCCAUCGCCUCUCCGGAAGACGCUGGCACCAUUCCAUCCCAGACAUCCCAGACGCAGGGAAGUGAAGUAGACGUAGAGCCAAGCCGUGACCUUCAGACUAGAACUACAAGUCCAGCGCCAGAGUUAAUAGUAUCAGGACCUUCUCCAGAACCCACAGAGCCCUCCUCCCAAACCCCCUCCCAAACUCCCCCGGCGCCAGCCGAGGAGCAGGCAGAGACAGAGACGCAGACAGAGAAGCAGGAAGUAGCUGAAGUUGAGUCCAAGCAGGAAGUACUAGAGCUAGUGGAGUUAGUGGUAGAUGAACAGACACAGAGUAAAGAGCAAGAAGAACGUGAGGAGGAGGAGGAGGAGGGUAAGGAGGAAGAGAGACAGUCAGGGAAUGAGGUAGAGGGAGAAAAGAAGGUAGAAGAGGAGGUAGAGGUAGAGGGAGAAGAGGUGGAGAUAGAAGAUGUAGAAGUGGUAGAGAUGGAGGGAGAGAGGGGGCAGGCUGCGUCGGAGGAGAGGGAGGUGGAGGAGAGGCUGGUCCUCCUCAGUGAGAAGGAGAGGCAGAACGAGGAAGUGAAUGAGAAGGACAACUGUUCUGCCUCCAGUAUCUCCUCAGCCAGUAGCACUCUGGAGAGAGAGGAGAGGGAGGAGAAAGUCAACAGCAACCUUGAACCAGGCCAGUGCAUUAAGGAGGAAGACGUGAACGGACAGUGCAGCAAGAUCCUCAACAGCAAGCGCUUCAUGCUGGACAUGCUCUAUGCCCAGAACAAAACCGCUGCCGACGAGGACGAAGAGAAGGCGGGAGAGACGGAACAGACGGAGAAAUGCAAAGAGGGGAUGGAGACGUCAUCGCUAGAGGGUCAGGAGGGGUCGUCGGUGGCCAGCUUAGCCAGUCGUAUCUCUACACUGGAGGCCAGCAGGCAGGCCUGCGAAGAGAACGUGAUGAAGAUGGAGGUGCAACACCUGGAGAACCAGGGGAGCGUCAGGGCCGUGGCCGAGAAAUUUGGAGACCUUGUUAAAAGCCUUGUGUCGCCUCACGAGCUGGAGUCAUUGGAGAAGCAGCAGCAGGGGCAGCUUCAACCUGAUAAAGACAAAGCUCCUCCGGCCCCGUCCUCCUCUCCCCUACCUCCUAAGAAGGAGUCAGAUUAUAUCUGGGACCAGCUGAUGGCAGCCCCCAGGGAGCUGCGGAUAAAAGAGAUGGACUUUACAGACCUGGCAGACGAGGAUGAUCUGGACAUCCUAGACGUGGACAGUGUGCUGAUGGGCUCCAGUGACCUAAUGAUCCCUCCCCCUCCUCCCUGUCUCUCCACCCUGCCCCCUCCCCCUCCCCUGGGCCUGUUCGGCUGCCCCCCGCCCCCUCCUGUCCCUGGCAUGAUGCCCCCUCCCCCGCCCUUCAUGCCCCCCGGACCCGCCCAGCCCUACCCGGGGUCCCCCCAGCUGAGCCGAGGGACAGGGGAGCCCCCUCUGUUCCAAAAGAAGAAGAAGACUAUCCGUCUCUUCUGGAACGAGGUAAGGCCCAUGGACGGCCAGUACAGGAACCACAAGCGUUGUAGAGAGUCUCUCUGGUCCAAACUGGAGCCGGUCAAAGUGGACACGUCCAAGCUGGAACACCUGUUUGAAACCAAGUCCAAGGAGCUGCCUGUUACCAAGAAAACAGCAGUGGAUGGGAAACGACAAGAGAUUAUUGUCCUGGACUCCAAACGGAGCAAUGCCAUCAACAUCGGGCUGACCGUCCUCCCCCCUCCCCGCACCAUCAAGACAGCCAUCCUCAACUUCGACGAGUACGCUUUGAACAAGGAGGGGAUCGAGAAAAUCCUGACGAUGAUCCCGACGGAGGAGGAGAAGCAGAGGAUCCAGGAUGCUCAGCUGGUGAACCCUGACGUCCCCCUGGGAUCAGCAGAGCAGUUCCUCCUCACCCUGUCCUCCAUCACGGAGCUGUCCGCCCGGCUGCAGCUCUGGGCCUUCAAGAUGGACUACGAGGUCACGGAGAAGGAAGUGGCAGAGCCUCUGCAGGACCUUAAGGAAGGGAUGGACCAACUGGAGAAGAACAAGACGCUGCGUUACAUCCUGUCCACGCUGCUGGCUAUAGGCAACUUCCUUAACGGAUCCAACGCGAAGGGCUUUGAGCUGGGUUACCUGGAGAAGGUUCCGGAGGUAAAGGACACGGUUCAUAAGCAGUCUCUACUGCACCAUGCCUGUUCCAUUGUGGUGGAGAAGUUUCCAGACAGCUCAGACCUGUACUCUGAGAUAGGAGCCAUCACCCGCUCGGCUAAGGUGGACUUCGACCAGCUCCAAGACAACCUGAGCCAGAUGGAGCGACGCUGCAAAGCAUCGUGGGACCACCUCAAGGUCAUCGCCAAGCACGAGAUGAAGCCUGCGCUCAAACAGAAGAUGUCUGACUUCCUAAAGGACUGUGCAGAGAGAAUCAUCAUCUUGAAGAUAGUCCAUCGGAGAAUUAUCAACCGGUUCCAUGCCUUCCUGUUGUUCCUGGGCCAUCCAGCGUACGCUGUGCGGGAGGUCAGCAUCCACCACUUCAGUAAGAUCCUCAGUGAGUUUGCCCUGGAGUACCGGACCACACGGGAACGCGUCCUGCAACAGAAACAGAAGAGGGCCAACCACAGAGAGAGGAACAAGACCAGAGGAAAGAUGAUCACACAUAGUGAGGAUGAAGAGGAUGGUGAGGAUGGAAAGUUUGGCGGUAGCGCCCCGGGGCCUGUAAGCCAGGAGGGCGUGCUGACGCAGGGUCUGCAGUACGCAGAGGAUGCAGCGGAGCAUGAGAACAUGAAGGCAGUGCUGAAGAGCAGCUUGCAGGGCUGCAGUGACAGUGGAGCGUCCACCGUGCCAGGCCUACGUACACGCACCAGAGCCAGCAGGCCAGGCCGUGUGGGUCCUUGGGGCUCAUCAGUGAUUGAAGACCCACCUAAUUGCACAGAGACAGACGCUGCAGAUGAGAUCAUGGAGCGCAUCGUCAGGUCAGCCACUCAGGGGCCCAGGACACGGACAGAGCCUCGCGAGAGGAAGAGGUCCAGAGCCAACCGCAAGUCACUGAGAAGAACACUGAAAAGCGGUCUGACGCCAGAGGAGGCCAAUGCCUUGGGGUUGUCCAGUGGUUCAGAGAUGGCUGUGUGACAGGAAGAGAAGUAGAGCUGGAUCCGGCAGCACAUCACACACAGACACCUGGGAAACCCUCUUACCGCCUGCCCCGCCCUUCACUGACCCCUGACCUCUAACCCCUGCUCAUCCAGCCAGCCAGUCAACCGCUGCACCAUAGCUUCGCUUGGUCUUUCCCCUGGUUCAGCUUUAUGAUGACUGUAGCUCACCUUCCUGUCUGUGGUUUGUGCAGGUAGCUGUGACACAGUGUUCCACCUGGUUAAGAUGGUAAACAAUGUUCAGGAAGAGACCAUGAGGAAUAUGAUCCUCAUCCAGGACAAUAGAUGGUUUUCAGUGGAACAAAGUGGUAUUAGUAUAGGGGCAGUUAAAGGGGUUCAGUGAUCCAGCUGACUCAGCUCCACACACACACACUCAGGUAAAGUUCAGCAUCCAAACCACUACACUAUGCUGCUGUGCCGACUUGAGUGUUUCUUAAUGGUGUUGUUCCAAUCAGUUGUUUCUCCUAACCUUUGAAUAUGAGGCUGAGGCCUUUGAGGAACAGCUCACAUCCCAACUGUAAGUCUUAAUCACUUAAUGAAGCCCACAGUGACCACAUGACUAGUGGUGAAUCUCAGUUGUAUUUCCUUGAUUCCUCGUGUCUUCUAUCCUCACCUGUCUACACAAGGCUUUGGAGGACUAGAUCUGAGGUUCGUCCUCCCUAACCUUUUCCUCAAUUGAGAUUCACCCUAUGACUGAAAGAUACAAACUGAGACUUACCUACACAGAAGACAUUUAGCCUCAGGACUUCUAAAGGGAGGGACAUGCGAGUGCUUGAAUCACAGGGGACUUGUGUCUGAACCAAAAAGGCCUCGGAGUUGAAUAGUAAAGAAGUUAGCAUCGACGCUAAAGAAGUUAGCAUUGAUGCUAAAUAAGUUAGCAUUGAUGCUAAAUAAGUUAGCAUUGAUGUUAAAGACGUUAGCAUUGAUGUUAUCUAUCCCCACUUAUGAUGAGCAUGUGUGUUGGGCUUGGUGUCAGAUAGUAUUUUUAGUUUGAACAAUUUUUGUUUAUAUAAAAAAAAAAAUGGCUGUGUCCACAGGCUGUUUUGUUCUACUAUACUACUGUGGUAGUUUUUGGGGUUUUAAAAUACUAUAAUCCGUGAGAAAAAGGUGCUCAGAGAAGGAAUAUUUGCACUGGAUGUAGAAGUUGGAUAUUUAGAGGAAAGGAAGGGGAAAUCCUUGACACACACUGAUGUACCAAUCAGAUAUCAGAUGAAUGAAAGAAUCCCCCAGACAGAACCAAUAAUGAAACAGUAGCACAACUGAUUAUACACUCGAAUUUCAGAGGAAAAGUGAACAGAUUCCUUUGACUUUUGCAAACUAAAAUGUUUCCAAUUUUGCAUGUUGUUGAUUCAGUUGGAUUUUAUACAGAUGGAACAAACUGGAAUUCUAAGAGGACACACCAUGAUGUGUUAAGAGGGAAGGUAUCAUUUACUACAUACAAUUGAAUUACUGGUUUCCACUUUUAAAAAACACAUAGCAUAUCACAGUCAUCAACUUUGGUGAGAACAGUCUGUGAGCUGACAAGUGUACAGAAGGGACGAUGCUACUGGGUCCAGACAGACUGACGUCUGUCAAUCACGCGUAGCGAAUGUUCCAGCUUUAACCUAUAGGCCUGCCUACAACAUACAUGUUCCAGCUUUAACCUAUAGACCUGCCUAGUACCUACAAUUACACACGUGUUGCAUGCAUGACACCAGUGUUACGCAAGCUCCUGCUGUUGUUCGCUGCAAAGCCUUCUUCUAUGGUUGAGACAUACUUAUUGUGGAGUGGUAGAACUGACAGGGAGCUAUAUUUACACUGGUUACAUUUACGUACUCUCUCUUUACUCUCUGUGUCAAAGAGUUAGGCAACAUUUAAGAAUUGUUUAAAAAAGUAAGAGAUUAAUAAUUGGUUAUUAUAGAAAAACGAUAUGAGCUUCAACUGAAUGAGUGCCUUUUAUAGACAAAUCUAUUUAUUCAGUAAUGUUCAGGGAGAUAUUUGUUACAGAAAAUGUUACUGUGUGUAAUGAAAGGACUUCCUCCUUAGGUCAAUUCAACAGCUGUGACUUCCUGUUUUCAUUCUUUCCUAGAUGAAUACAUUUCAGUACUAUGUUCCAUGGCUUUAUGUCUUGGAAACAGUUCUCCUUCCAUUUGAGCAUCGCAGUUUUAUUUCGAAUCACAACUAAACUAGGGUUAUAGCUAAUUGUCUAAUGACAAUAUUUCCAUUUUAGCAGUUUUGUCACAAAAAAUGUUCUACAAAAAGAUAUUAGUUGUUUCCAUUUGCCUUAAUGUAGAAUUAGGGCAUUUAGUAUAUCUGAACGUUCCUACACUGUUGACUUGUAAUUGAGGUGUAGUUGUUACAGUCAGCUAGAUAGCUAGUUUUUUUAAGUGUAUAAUUCCAGUUUACAUUUGUAAUUGUGUAGAGAGUUGUAUGAUGAUUCUACACAGUCACAAACAUUCACUGUGAUGGAAACAGCCAUUGUCGACUAAACAUGAAAGAAUAUAUGCUUGCAGCAACACAAGCCACAACAAAACAGUCACACACCUACAAGUAUAUGUCUUUCUCAUGGAGAACUUACACUUUGGUAUGAAACUAUCCAGCACCUUAUACACCAUUUGUAGCAUGCGUCUUUCAUUGAGGAAAACCAGAGCAUUAACAGUGAGAAAGUACAUUCUUUCAGCCUUUUUCUCAGAUGGUCAUUUUGAGUAUUGUAACUCUGAGUACAUGUAAAGUAAUAAUGGGGGAAGAAUGCUGUAAAAUGAUGUAAAUGUCACAACGAUGUGUUUUAUGUCUUUCACUUGUUGGUAUUUUGUAUAGAAUAGUGUAUUAUAGGUUAAACAAAGCAGUGUUAUUCUAUGGAUAUUGUAAUUUAAGUGAAAACCAAACCAUGCAUGGUUUAAAGAAAUGUCUACAGAUGUGGCGUGUCACGUUAUGUUAUGGAUAAAGGGAGAUUCAUUUGAUUUGAAUGCUCAGAGGCAUUUGUUAUGUUUUAUUGUUUUUCCUCUGCACAUGACUUGAAACACAUUAGGAUAGACGGAGUGGUCGAUGUAACCACCUAGGACUGGAUUCAAUCUGUAUCGCUGAAGUUCAGCGUUUUAGCGUGAUUGAAAAUGUUCCUGCAUUAGCAUAGACUGCAUUCAUGGUAAACACUGCAUAUGUCGGCUCAAUCUGAAAUGAUCUGUAACGCUUCAGCCCCUAGUACUCCUAUGGAACCUUCAGCAGCCUUUCAUUACAUUGCACUCAAUAAAACAUGGGGUAUGUCUCAAAUGGCACCCUAUUCCCUAUAGAGUGCACUACUUCUUCUUCUUUCUUUUUUUACCAGGACCCAUAGAGUCCAAAAGUAGUGCACUGUGUAGGGAAUAGGGUGCCAUUUGGGAUGCAAGCCCAUGUUUUCUGUGAUUGGCUAUAUUAUCUCCUUCUCCCACACUGCUGUACUGUAAGUCAGUGUGGGACUUGGACACAAGCACAUCCAGACUCGGUGAGCUUUUCUUGCGUCUUCGCCCCUCUAACAACAACUGUAUGUAUGAACAUCUGGCAAUAAAAGAUCUCUUAAGAAACAUUCA